GGACACUCCACUUUCUCCUAUUCUCCAUCCCGCCUUUUCACUCUUAUCAACAUUCCAGUCCAAUCUGUUCCUUGGUAACUCUCUGGCUUUUGACGUGCUGGUCAACCGUCAAUUCUCCAUUACAACCAUCCCUGCCUUCAUUCAUCCCCCCUCGCAGCAAUCCACACAACUCUAUACCAUUUCCGGAAUCACCCUCACAAGCGCUCCAUAACAACAAAUCGAGAAGAUGGUACGUGGCCCCGUCUGAUUGUUGCUCUGCAAUCCCUUGGAAUAGUGGCAAGAGAAACAUGGCCAGCGAGGCGAAGGAGGAUGCCUCAAGAGCUUGCAGAAAGUGAUUGUUUACCUCCUACUGGAUCCGGGGCGAGAUCUCACUCGGUCCCCAAUGAAUCGAUUGGAUUGAAUUGCCGCCCCUCAACCUCUUGCGCAUUCCCUGGUUCGCCCUCUUCCGACCCAUUCCAUCAACAAUCUUCCCCUCCUCAUUCUCCCCAUUAUACCUGGAUUUUCCAUCUCCCUCAUCCGUCACCCUGUGCUUGGAAUCUUUUCUUUGGUUGAAUAUCGCAUUUGGCGUUCAAAAUGACUGGCUCACACAAUAACCAUGACGACCAGGCCUCCACCAACUACAAAGAAGCGUUCUCCCUUUUCGACAAGCGCGGAACCGGCAAGGUCUCCCUGGAGUCUCUCGGUGACCUCCUGCGCGCAUGCGGCCAAAAUCCCACUCUCGCUGAGAUCGCCGAUCUAGAGAAGAGCCUCGGCGGAGACUUCGACUUCGACUCUUUCGUGAAGGUCCUCAACCGUCCAGGCGGCUUCCGCGACCCAGGUGAAGCUGAGGAAUACUGCCGCGGAUUCCAGGUGUUCGAUAAGGAUAUGACCGGGUUUAUCGGGGUUGGUCAGCUUCGAUACAUUCUGACGAACUUGGGCGAGAAGAUGUCGGACGAGGAGGUCGAUGAACUUCUCAAGGCGGUUGAUACCAGCUCGGGUGAGAUUAACUACACCGACCUCGUUCGCACCAUUUUGGCCAACUGAUGAUUGAUACACGAUACCCUAUGUUCUAUGAUAUUAUGAGAAUCGCUCGAGGGGCGGAGUUGGGCUAAGUUUCAGUUCGUUUGUAUUGUAUAUCGGGUUCAUAUGAUAUGGAUAGCAAUAGCAAUGGUAGCAUAGAUAUUUGCACAAAUUCACACCUGUCCAUAUACGC